AUGAAGCGCAAGACCAACAGCAGUGACUCGGCCGGCGGCAAUGGCCAGCCCGACACCAAGAAGCGAGCGCUGUCCAGCGAGGAAGUUGCAUUGCGCUUCCGCGACGGUCUCUUCGAGCCGUCUGUACAACAGGACUAUACCAAGUCAUAUGCUGAAUCUCAGCCGUAUCUACACGGCGUCAUUCACCCCCUGAUCGAAGACUCCCUUCUGCGCUCCGUCCGCGACGAAAUCCAGGAACAUUUGCACUUUACCGAGAAAGAGACGGAUAUAUACAAAAUCUUCCAGUCCGGAGAUCUCGCCAACUUGGAUGGAUUAGACGAUGGGUCAUUGUCGCGAUUGCCGUCGAUUCUCAAGCUCCGCGAUGCCCUUUACUCCGCGCGAUUCCGUGAAUUCCUGUCCUCCGUCACCGGCUCGGGCAAGCUGAGCGGGCAGAAGACCGACAUGGCUAUCAACAUCUAUAACGAGGGAUGCCAUCUUCUCUGUCACGACGAUGUUAUUGGAAGCAGACGUCUUAGCUACAUUCUGUACCUGACUGACCCCGACACCCCAUGGCAAGCGGAAUGGGGCGGUGCUCUGCGCCUAUACCCCACGGCGACGAAGAAGGAUGCCAAGGGCGAGGACGUCAAGGUCCCUAGCCCGGACUACUCUCUCAGUAUCCCGCCGGCUUUCAAUCAGCUCAGCUUCUUUACCGUCCAGCCCGGAGAGAGUUUCCACGACGUCGAGGAGGUCUACCACCCCGCGGAGAAUGAGGACAAGUCUAAGAAGCGCGUUCGAAUGGCCAUCAGUGGAUGGUUCCAUAUCCCCCAGAAGGGAGAAGAUGGAUAUGAGGAAGGGCUUGAAGAGAAGCUCGCCGAGCGCAGUAGUCUUUCCCAGCUCCAAGGCCGCGCAGACAUCUACGACCUCCCGCAGCCAAAGACCGUUAUCUGCGAGGAGGAAACAGAAGAAGAGGUCAAAGAGGACAUCAAAGGCAAGGGCAAGGCCAAGGAGGAAGAACCCGCCGCCAUCUUUACCGAGUCCGAUCUCAAUUUCCUUGUUCAAUACAUUGCCCCUUCAUACCUCACUCCCGACAUUGCAGAGGAAAUGUCCGAUGCCUUCCUCAACGACUCCUCCCUUAACCUCGAACACUUCCUCUCUAAGAAGUACGCCGCCAAGGUCCGUGCCUACAUCGAAGAGCAGGAGAAGAAAGACCUCCCAGCAUCAUCCGACGAGAUCCAAUCGUCAACAGACUGGACCGUCGCCCGACCACCCCACAAGCACCGCUACCUCUACCAGCAGCACUCCGCGGAAGCUGGUCCCUCAAAAACACCCAUCCAAGAACUCAUCAACGACCUCUUCCCAUCUAAGCCGUUCCGGAAAUGGCUUUCACUCAUCACAGGCUCGGACCGUAUCACGAGCUACAACCUGCUUGCGCGCCGCUUCCGUCGGGGCCAGGACUACACUCUUGCCAACAGCUACGUUGGCGAAGAACCCCGUCUCGAGUUCACCUUCUGCCUGACCCCAACAUCGGGCUGGGAAAAGGAAGAGCCCGAAGACGAAGACGAGGCCGCUGAAGACGGUGACGCGAAUGGCACCUCCAAAGCAAGCUCCUCCAAGAAGGCUAAUGACAAGAACGGAAAGACCGAUCCUAAGUCCUCAGAUGACGACGAAGCCCACGUCGGCGGCUACGAGAUUUACAUGGCGGGCGACGACGAAGAGGAAAAGUCCGGUGCUGCGGACCCGGCGAUCUACCAAUCUGCUGCGGACGAUGAAGAUGACGGGAUCCUUUUUAGUACAGCCGCGGGCUGGAACAGACUUAGCAUUGUGCUAAGGGAUAGCGGGACGCUCAAGUUUGUCAAGUAUGUUAGUGCCGCGGCGAAGGGGGAUCGGUGGGAUGUUACGGGCGAGAUGGGGGUCGAAUUUAAUGAUGAUGAGGAUGAUGAUGACGAGGAUGACGGGCAAGAUGACGAGGAGGAUGAGGACGAGGACGAGGACGAAGACAUGGAAGAGGAUGAUGAGUAA